AUGUCGUGGGAGGGUGACAAUAACGAGCGGGUUCUGGUGCCUGUAAGCAGUGACGCGUGUAGCAAGGACGCGCUGCGAUGGGCCGUAGCCAAUAAGAUCUCGCACCCCGACGACCUGCUCGUACUGCUCCACAUCGUCACCAAAGCGCCGGGUCCGGAUGGGUACGACGUGGCGCAGAGCGGUGUGUCGAAGACGGCGAUCGUGCAGCACGUGCGCACCGCCAUCAUGCCCAUGCUCUCGCAGCUCAAAGCCUCGAUUGACGCCAAGGUGCGCUUGGAGCUGCGCGUGGGGCGCAACGACUCGCGGGACGCGGGGAUCAUGGAGGAGGCGAAGAAGCUGCAGGCGACGUGCCUCGUUCUGAGCACCAAGGGGCGCGGGAUGUUCUCCAUGCGCGGCAAGCUAUCAGGCAGCACGAGCGCCUUCUGUCUCAAGAACCGCCCGCCCUCGCUCUCCGUGAUAGUCGUCUCUAAAGACAAAGUUCUCCUCUCCAAGCACGGCGAGUCCACCCCCCCCGACCGCUCCCCUGCUCUCUCCCUCGGCGGCAGCCCCCUCCCUGGCGCCUCCUCCUCUUCCAUCCCCUCCGCUGGCUCCUCCCCUGGGGAUAGCCGGAGGAACAGCGAGAGCCGGAGCGGUGAGAGCCGGUCGGAUGCAGUGCAUGCGGUGCAGGACAGUGAAGGCGGUGGUGGUGGCAGUAGCAGCGGCAGUGGUAGUUUUGGCAAGGGCAGUUUCGUGCGCGCUGGCUCUUCCCUGUCGGAUCGUUCUGUGGUUUCGGAUGGGAGCAGCAGCAAGGAGGUCACUGCGGUGAUGACUGCGGCACCUGCGGCAGAUGGUGGUUUCGGGGAGGAGAGGCGCAUGGGGGACGGGCAGGAGGGAGGCGGCAGAGGGAAAGGGGAGGAGAGGGGGGUGGGUAAGGAGUUGCAGCAGUUGCGGGAGCAGCAGCAGCAACGGCUGUUGCUGCACCAGCAGCAGCAGCUUCAGGCAGCUGCCAAGCUGGCUGCUCUUAUGGAGGGUGUUAAUGUGGGCGGGGGAGCAGGGGGAGGGGGAGGAGGAAAGGGAGGGGGAGGAGGGUGGGGAGGGAACGGAUUUGGAGGAGAGGGGAGAGGGGAAGGGGGAGGAGUGGGAGGAGGGGGGGCAGGAGGAGAGCUUACUGGUGGGGGUGAGAUAGGGGCCGGCAGUACGUGGAGCGAUGCACAUGACGCUGCCUCUGUAGUUCAUGCUGUUGCCAGGUCGCAACAGCACGGCAGCAGCGGCGGCAGCGGUGGCAGCGGAGGGUUGAGCCUUGCGAGCAGCACAGGGAGCACGUUCACCAUGGGGAGUGGGAGCGGUGCGAGCAGCAGGGCUGGCAGCGGGGGUGAGGCAAGCAGCGCUCACAUCACUGGCACUGGCACCAGCAAUGGCAGUGGUGCCGUUGGGGCUGGAGUGAAGGAGGCAGGCAUGGUAGCAGCUGCGUCUGCUGUGGCUGGGGUGAAGGAGGUCGGUGGGGUGGGAGAAGGUUUGGGGGCAGCAGCGGUGGCAGGAACAUUGGAAGCGUUCAGCGGGGUGUACUGCUGUGUGUACUCUUAUGAGGAGAUCCAGUCGACUCAAAGUCAGCAGCGGGAGGAGCGCAGGAAGCGUCCAGUGGGGUGUACUGCCGUGUGUACUCUUAUGAGGAGAAUCCAGAGAGCAACCGACAAUUUCUGCCCCCAGCUGGUGCUGGGAGAGGGCGGCUGCGGCACCGUCUUUUCUGGGAUGCUGGGCGGCAGCAAGGUGGCUGUGAAGGUGAUAAAGACGGAAGACGCCACCCGGGCAGCCAAGGAAUUUCAGAGAGAGGUGGAGCUACUGAGCCAAAUCAAUCACCCACAUGUGCUGUCCCUCCUCGGCUGCUGCCCGUCGCACCACUGCAUAGUGUACGAGUUCAUGGCCAGCGGCACUCUCGAGGAGCUCCUGCUCUGCGCCAACAACUCGCCGCCCCUCCCCUGGUUCGCCCGCCUCCGCAUCGCUGCCGAAAUCGCCUCCGCGCUCCUCGCUUUACACUCCCAGCCCAAGCCCAUAAUCCACCUGGACUUAAAGCCCGCGAAUGUGCUUUUAGACGAGCGGCUUGUAGCAAAGCUGGCCGACGUGGGGGUCGCGAGGCAGAUGCCGGGUAGCGGUGGGGGUUCGGACCAGGGCUUUAAUGUCACGCACGCGCACACGUCUAUGCCGAUCGGGACCGUUGCUUACGUCGACCCGGAAUAUCAACGGACGGGUGAUUUCAGCCCGAAAUCGGAUGUGUAUGCCCUCGGGAUUAUCCUGUUUGACUUGCUGACCGGGCGGCAGCCGGCGCGGUAUGAGAGAAUAGAAGAUGCUGUGGAUGAAGGAGAUGAGGAGGCGUUGGGAAAGCUGCUGGAUGGGAAGGCAGGGAAGUGGCCCAUUGGGCUGGCAAUGGAGGUUGCGAGGAUUGCUGUGCGGUGCAGUGAGAUGAAGAGGAAAAAGAGGCCUGACCUUGGGGAAGUGGUGAUGCCGGUGCUGUUGAAAGCACAAAAGGAGGCUGUGAUUAUGAUGGAGAGGAUGAUGGCUGGUAUGUGA